GAAGCACCGUAGCAUCGAGUCGAACGCGAGUCGUCUAAUCACGAGCAGUGCAUACACCCAAGAAGUUGUGCUUUUUUACACGUAUCCCGUUCAAGUAGAAGCGAAUAAUCCCUCAAUCUCAAGAUGCCAGGACCAAACUGCGGUGACAAGUGCAAGGACAAGUGCGGAUCGAGCUGCAACUGCGGCGACAACUGCAAAUGCAGCGAGGGCACCUGCGGAUCCAGCGGAGAUAAAUGCGGCUGCAAGUCGAGCGGAGCUCAAUGCAAGUGCAACCCUUGCGAGUGCAAGUAAAAUCAACAACGAACAAGUUAAAAUGAACAACAAAAAUCCAUUUGCAGUAUUAUAAAAAUCAUGGCAGCUAUAUAGCGAUGGGUCUGGAACCAUGGAGUAACGCAUAUUAAUUCAACUGUGCUUAUUAAUAACACACGCCUACUUAACAAAUUGCAAACUAAAAAAAUUGGCACCUAUUAUCUUCGUUGUAUCUUCAUUUUCAAUCUCAUUAGAAUAAAAAUUGGCAAUUGCUGUAAUUUAUUUUAUUCGUUAUAUACUACUACGCAAGACGUAAAAUUAAAUUUGUAGUUAAUAUUAUAUGCAACUAUUGAUAUAUAGUUUAUUCGCAAAAAUCUUGUAUCGUUGAAAAAGUAAAAAUGUUGAAAAAAUAAAAUGCAUUUAAAUCGAG